AAAGCAAAGUCCUCUCUUUUUGUCUUUCCUUUUGCUUUCUUGAUUUUUGCUUUCUUGAUUUUUGCUUCUUUAGGUGUAAUGUGACUACAUAUCCCUUUCCCCCCUUCUUACUAGGAAUGUAGUUCUUUUCUUGUUCUGAUUUGUGCCGCAUUUUUUUACUAAUAUUUUCUGUCUGUGUCUGCAUUCUUGAGAUUGCCUCUUUCAUUUAAUAAUGCAAUUUGGAAUUAUAUAUUAUAUAUUCAUUUAUCUGGGCAGAUAUCUGACUGUGUAUUCUUCUUUAUGGGGUUCUUUGUUGAGUUGGUUGAGUUACCAGGAAGGAUUACUGAGAUUCUCUCCUUUCUCUGUCUUCCAAUUUUGGGUUUUUGGAGGGUUUAAAUAGUGUUUUGUCCUUAUUCCUGGUUUUUUUCCUCUUAUACAGAUGCCUUGAUGAGAUUGUGGCUCUGCAUUCUCCAUGGAACUUGUUUUCUGUAAAUGGGUCUGUGCUUUUCUGCUGUGCUGCUCUCUCAUCUUUUCUAUUGGGCACUCAGGUUUGUGGAGGGAUUGCAUGGAGGUUCAAAAGUAAGAGGAGUGAACUUAGGUGGAUGGUUGGUGAUAGAAGGGUGGAUAAAGCCUUCUCUGUUUGAUGAUAUUCCCAAUGGAGACAUGCUUGAUGGCACAGAGGUCCAAUUCAAAUCUGUCACUUUGCAGAAGUAUAUUUCCGCUGAGAAUGGGGGUGGCUCGGGUGUUACUGUGGAUAAAGAUACUCCUUUAUCAUGGGAAACAUUUAGAUUAUGGAGAGAAUCAGAAUCAAUCUUUCAGUUCCGAACAACCCAGGGACAAUUUCUAUCGUGCAAUGAUAACGGAGGCAAUGUGACUGCAACUGUGCAAUCGCCUUCUGAUUCAGAGACGUUUUAUGUCGAAAGGAACUAUAACAAUAGAGUUCACAUCAAACUCAAAAAUGGAGGUUAUUUGCAGGCCUCGAAAGACAACCAGCUCACAACAGACUAUCCAGGGACACCAGGUUGGGACGAUAAUGCUGCAACAUUUCAAAUGACAAUUGCGUCGAAUAAUUAUCAUGGGGAUUACCAGCUUGCUAAUGGAUAUGGCCAUGAUAAGGCAAAAGAAGUUCUUAAAAAGCAUAGGAACAGUUUUAUCACGGUAGACGACUUUGAUUUCCUUCACAGGCAUGGAAUCAAUACAGUUAGGAUACCUGUUGGUUGGUGGAUCGCUUUUGAUCCCAAUCCUCCAGCCCCUUUCAUCGGGGGAAGCUUAGAAGCUCUCGAUAAUGCAUUCACUUGGGCACAAUCCUAUGAUAUAAAGUGCAUUAUUGACCUUCAUGCGGCCCCUGGUUCCCAAAAUUGGAUGGAACAUAGUGCUAAUAGGGACGGCACAACAGACUGGCCUACAUCUCAAGAUUACAUAUCAAAAACCUUGGACGUGAUAGAUUUUCUCGCCCACAGGUAUGCAAAGCAUCCAGCCUUGUUGGGAAUUGAGCUUUUAAACGAGCCAUCUGCUGCAGGGGUCCCGUUGGAUGUCCUGGUGCCGUUUUACAAGCAAGGAUAUGAGAUUGUUCGAAACUAUUCUUCAACCGCUUAUGUCAUUUUUUGCCAAAGAAUUGGAAAUGCAGAUCCGAUUGAACUUUACCAGGCUAACCUAGGCUCGGUAAAUACCGUUGUUGAUUUGCACUACUACAAUCUCUUUGACAGAUACUUUGAUAACCUAACUGCCGAGGAGAAUAUUCAAUUUAUAUAUAAUAGUAGACAACCCCAAGUUCAGGCUUUGAACGGUGCAAAUGGACCACUCGUUUUUAUUGGAGAGUGGGUUAACGAAUGGAACACGACUGGUGCUUCUCAAACCGACUACCAAAACUAUGGACGAGCCCAGUUAGACGUAUUUAAUAGCGCAUCUUUUGGAUGGGCUUACUGGACCAUAAAGAAUGAUAGAAAGCACUGGGAUUUAGAAUGGAGUAUUCAGAAAAACUAUCUUCAACUACAAACAGGUAAAUCAGAAACCAGGAAGAUGCAUUACGUUGCAGCAUUACUCGGGUUGGCGUGCAUUUGGUUCCUCGUUUAAUUGAUGUCAUUGAUAUUGCGGCGUUAGCAGAUUGAGGAAGAGUUAUGUUUUGUUUCUUGCCCGCGUCUCAACCUUCAGAGUUCAGAAUGGUAUAUCUUUUUUGAAGUUGAAGGUGAUGCAGAAAGUAAGGAAAAUAUUUGUGUGUAGAUGCACAGAGGAAUAUGGAUAAUAUCCUGGGAGUGGUAGCAAUGUAAGAGGGAAAUGAGAGACAGACAUUAAUCAUUAAUUCUUUGUGUCGUUUGUGUUGGAAAUGCUCAUAGGCAAUACAGUAGUUAUAUUUUGGUACAUCUGAGGAUUGGUCGGUUGCCUCAUGGGUAAUAAAGCUAAUUGCCUAGAUUUUAGGCACCUUUUGAUAUACAA